AUGUCAAUCCAUAAAAUUGCUCCUUUACUCGAAGCAAAUGUUAAGGAACACCAGAAGCUUCAUCUAACGGCUGGAGUUCUCGGAGGGAUCAACUUUCAUCUCCAUGGUGAAGCCGCAGAAGCUCGAGUAGGGAGAAAGGAGAACAGGAGAAAAGCUUUGGAGAAGCUGAGAGGGAGAGCGAGAGAGUCCGAGCCCAAGUCAAAAAACCAAAAGAAAGAGAAAGAUUUAGAGAGUCAAGUAUUUCCUCUUAUUCCUCUUCCUCUCCAACAACAAGCCAUUGGACCUGUAGUCGAAGCAAACUUGUUGCAAUAA